UUUCACUGGAGGGGAAGUGCGUCAUUCCCCGAUUCCUCGCUUGUGUCACAAGUAGUUAUGGCCUCGUCAUCCCCGUGGGUAGUACUCAAGUUUGGCGGCACAAGCGUGUCGACCGCCGCUCGCUGGCGCUGUAUCUGCGACCAAAUCCGCUCGCACCUCGAGUCUCCGUCGUCUCCGCGCGUGUGGGUCACCAUCUCAGCGCUGUCCCAAAUUACCAACAAACUCACGCGAGCGCUAGCGCUAGCGAGUGAACGCGGCAGUAGCCACACCGAACUGGCAACCAACAUUGCGCUGCAACACUUCUCGCUGGCUUAUGAAGUGGGCCUGUUGCCGGCGCUCGAAGGUGUGGAGGGAAGCGUGGAGCUGCACGAUCGAUGGCAGCAGCUCUGGAUGGAUAGUGUGAUGAGCCACGGCGAAGACGGAUCGUCGUUCUCCACGUCGCCCAUCGACCCGCUACUGCCCAAGACGUUGCACCCGCUGCUUGAGGAGCUAAAGAACCUCAUUCGCGUACUGGAAGGCAUUAAACUCACAGAGGAGGCCUCGCCCGGCAUCCAGGCGCGCGUUCUAGCAUUCGGAGAGCUGCUUUCAACUCACUUGGGUAGAUGUAUUAUGGUUCACAAUGGUCUCACGGACGUGGAGCGAGUGGAUGCUAGAGAUCUCCUGGUAAGCGACCCCACCAGUGCCAAGUCCGAAGAGGAUAGGUAUCUACAGGCAGAGGUGAACCCUCGACUGGACCGCGAACAGGCCGAGAACGCGGCAAAUGGUAAGAGCGUUGUGCUUACGCAGGGAUUCAUUGCCAGCACGAGCACAGGCGCGACGUGUGUGCUGGGUCGUGGCGGCAGUGACACCUCAGGCUCUCUGUUUGCCUCCCUGCUGGGUGCCCAGAAGUACGAAAUCUGGACGGACGUGCACGGCAUGUUCACGACCGAUCCGCGUUACGUGCCUAACGCCCGUCUCAUCAAGGAUUUGGAUUAUCGUGAGGCACAGGAGCUGGCUGCUAUGGGCGCCAAGGUAUUGCACCCCCGUUGCAUCAUUCCAGCGCAGUGGGGCAAGGUGCCGCUCGAAAUCCGCAACACCAACGACCCUAACGGUGCCAAGACUGUCAUUCACCCCGCUACCGAGGCGGACAAGGCACACCACGGCAGCCCGAAGAUUCUAGCUGUGGUGAAGCGACAGAACAUGACGACGCUCAGUAUCACAGCAUUCGACAUGUACAGUACGUCGGGUUUCUUAGCCAAGGUGUUCGCUCCGUUCGAGGCUUGCGGCAUUUCGGUGGAUCUUAUCGCGACGUCGCAGUUCUCCGUGACGGUAACGCUAGACCACAUUCCCGGUGGCGUCCAGGGCGCGCCGUUCCAGCAGUUGCUCGAAGCACUGAAUGAACACUCGAAGGUGCGCGUGUUCGAGGACUGCUCGGUGGUUUCGAUUGUGGGUCGAGGUCUGCGUAAGGCGCUGGCGGAGCUCGGCUGUGUUUUCAGCGUGCUUGAGAACUACGACGUACUGCUGCUUAGCGAGUCUGCUGAAGAUCUAAACCUGUCGUUUGUGCUCCAGCAGAAGGAGGCCGACGAGGUCGUCGCUCGCAUGCACGGCUUCUUCUUCCCUGGAGAUGAUCAGGUGUCGCCGACUGCAGCGAAGGCAGCAUCCACGGACGCGAAGCCCUCGGCAGCUCUACCACCUCUACCUCCGCACCCGUCGACUCCUACAGCUGCUAACGGCGAGGCAAGUGUAUCUCCUGCCACGCCUGCGCCGGGCAACGUCAUGUUCCAACAGGCAACUAUCCGCCGAUCACCUUCGCGCGACUUGUUGUUUGGCCCCACAUGGCAGUCUUUGCUUGAUAGCAAGACGAGUUAAACCAACUCGACAGGUUGAAGCCGCAGUCAGUGGCACAAAAUACUUGGACGGUUGUAUUUCAUGUAGAUAGAAGCCCUCGAUUGGUAAGUUUGUUUUGAGAGCACCGUCGUGUGGCAAUAGAAAGCAUUAUCCUUCCUAGAAAUUCACGCGUCACUGUCACUUUC